CGCGGGUGUCGGACGUUCGGCGGGAAAAACUCAAAAACUCAAAACCUAAAUAUUCAAAAAGGCACUGAAACCACUAAAACCAAUCUCAGACAAAACAAAACUAAAACUAAAUACAAAAAACUAUAAGAACGUGCGAUAAGAACAGCAAAUACAACAGCAACAAACCAAAGUUGACUUUUCGAUUUUUGAGCGCGUGUGUUUGGAAUUAUUUCUUUGCCAUUUACAAAAUUCGUGCAGUCCAAAAAACGAGAAAAAAAACCUAUAGUAACAACAACUAAAACGUGGUCUAAUAAAUCGGUUGUUUUUUGUUUUCACUUUUUUUUUCUGUGCGUGAGCGUGUGAGUGUGUUAGUUUGUUUGCUUUUUAAUUAGUUCGACUCUUGUUUUGAUUUUUGUCUUUUUUUUUUUUGGAACGAGAUCUCUCUGUUUUGUGUUUAAGCAGAACCAAAAAAAAAAAAAAGUCAAACGAGAGCGAAAACAAGCAUGUGGCAGCCAUGAGGCGGCUGCGUUCCACUCGUUGCCAGCUGUUAUUAUGCCCGGCCACUUGUUGCAGGCAUUCAUGAUGCAACUGCUACAGCAGCAGCAGCCAGCGGCACAACGAACUCUAUUCAAGUCUUUGGCGGCCCUCAAGCAAAUACUGAAAAAACACUCAUACGCCAUGUGGGCGCGAGGCGAUCGGUGGAUGUUGCAUGAUCAGCACCCGACAAUAGCCACACUGGCCCAUGGCCAAGGCUAAGGCUAGUGCCACAGCCACACAGCACCACCAGCAAUAUUGAAGCAAGCACCACCACCACCACCAGACACUACAACAACAACAGCAAAAACAACGAUAACAACAACAACAAACAACUAAAAAGCCCAGAAAAGUUGAAGAGUUCCGUCGAACUCAACCGAAACAAAACAUCAAGAAAAUGUCUGAGUCGCGCCGACAGUCGGUGAGCUCCAGGGCGAUGCCGCCGGGCGUUCUGGUCAACGAUAGCCGGGCGAACUCCACCGAUGACAUCCAGAUCGCCCUGGCCCCGCACAUCCAGACCUACCUGAGCCAGACCGGCAGGAGGCACUCCUGCUGCAGCGUCAUGCUGCCGGUGGCCUUCGAGAGGGCGGCAGCCAAGUCCUGGCUGGACCCCAAGUUCGACUCCCCGGUCCUCGAGGAGCAGUACCAGGCCAGCGUCUUUCCCCACGUCCGCAUGCGGUACAGAUUCACCCUCUCGUACAUCCUUCUGUGCUCGCUGAUGUGGUGCCUGUACUUCGUGGUGGACGGCGGUUCGGAGGACUUCUGGCGCCCGAUCUCCAGCUCCUUCUCGAUGCUCUCGCUGGUGACCAUCAUGGCGCUGUGCUUCACCCACUGGGACCUGUACAGGGAGCACCGGACGGUGACGUCGGCGGUGACAGCCCUGCUCCUUUGUGGCGCCUCCCUGGCCUUCCUCACCUACACGGGCAGGGCCUUCAGUCCGCUGGGCCACUUUGCCAUCUGCCUGGAGAUCGUCCUGCUGAUCUACACGGCCCUCCCGAUGCCCCUGUGGCUGGGCGCCAGUACUGCGAUCUCCUAUUCGAUUGCCUUCGAAAUGGUCUCGCACAUGGUCAUCGGAUGCAGUGCCAUCCAUGGAGGUGCCAUGCAUGGAGGAAAUGGAGGUGGCGGUGAAUCCGGCUCCGGAAUGGAGGCCAAUGGCGACCCGAGCAACAAAAUACUGAUCCUCAGGAUAAUGGCCCACCUGAGUGUGCAUUUGGUGGGCGUGCAUGUGCUGAUCAUGAAUCUGGUGCGCAUGCGCGGCACCUUCAUGAAGGUGGGUCAAAAUCUGCUUGUGCGCCGCCAACUGGAGAUGGAGAAGCAGCUGAAGGAGAAGAUGAUACACUCGGUGAUGCCGCCCAAAGUGGCUGAUAUGCUGCUCAACGAGGGUGGUCCGUCGGGACUGGAUUCCAAAGGAAUGCCACCGGAAUCGCACUAUAUGCGACCACGAGCCUCCAACGACGUGAAGUCCCUAUUCCGGCCAUUCCACAUGCACAGCAUGGAGAACGUGAGCAUUCUCUUUGCGGACAUAGUCGGAUUCACCCGCAUGUCCUCCACCAAGACGGCCGAGCAGCUGGUGGAGAUCCUCAACGAUCUCUUCGAGCGCUUCGACGAUCUCUGUUCGCUGAGUGGUUGCGAGAAGAUCUCCACGCUGGGCGAUUGCUACUACUGUGUGUCCGGCUGCCCGGAGCCGAGGGUGGACCAUGCCAUCUGUUGCGUCGAAAUGGGUCUGGGCAUGAUCGACGCCAUGCGCUGCUUCGAUGCCCAGCGGCACGAGGGGGUCAAGAUGCGGGUUGGUGUCCACACCGGCACCGUCCUCUGCGGCAUCGUGGGCACGCGGCGGGUCAAGUUCGACGUGUGGAGCAACGAUGUCAGCCUGGCCAACAAAAUGGAGUCCUCGGGCAAACCGGAGCAGGUGCACAUCUCACAGGAGACAUCUAGCUUCCUGGGCGAUGCCUACUACCUGGAGGAGGGAGAGGAGGUGUUCGGUCAUCGCACAUACUUCGUGGUUGGACGUCGUCGUGACUUCACCCGCACCAACAGCCUGAGUCCCAGCAUGCCGGCCAAUGCGAUCGGAAGUUCCCUGCUCCUGCCCGGCGCCCAUGGAGCCUCCCUUUCCCAGAGCGCCACCAAUGUGUCCGCGGUGCAGCCCAAUGUUCCGCCCGCCUCUCCGGUUGGCCAGCUGUCCAGCUCCUUGAAUCCAUCGCCAGUCCUCUCGAUGCGACCCCGUCUCACCUCGCUGAGCAUGAAGCUGCGCAAGAAGUCGCAGAGUCGCGACCGCGAUGUGGAGCGUGGCAUCAUCCAUCCGGCGGCAGCCGGCGUCCCUCCAGUGAUUGUGGUAAGGGAACGGCCCAAGAUCAUCAUCACCACCAAAUCCCUGCCGGGCAGUCUGGACUCCGAUGAACAGCCGCCGGCUAGUCCACCGUUACCACCGCCAGCAAAUCCUCCAGCUGUCGAAACGCGCUCAAAGAUCAAGCUAAAGGUGUGGAAAGUGCCGAGAUUCUUCAAGAAGGGAUUUGAGGAUUUGUCUGGGAGAAAUUGCAGCAGCAGCAGCUCAUCCACCGGCUAUCAUCAGGAAAAGGAGAGGGAUCGGGAGAGGGAGCGGGAGAAGGAGAAGGAGAAGGAGGAGCUGCAUCACCAGAAUCAACUGAAUCCCGAGGAGACGCUGGCCUUCAUGGACAACCAGAUGCAGAAUGGCAACGGCUGUGGCUACCAGCAGCUGCCCGUCCUGGUCGAGUCCAGCAUCCAUCGUACCCAGACCCUUGACAUUCCACCCGCUCGUCCAGUGCUCCAUCAUGCGGCCACCUCGACGGCUCUGGCCAGCAGUGUGCUCCGAUCGCCGGAGGGUGGUGGCAAUGGUGGCGGAUGCUGUUCGCCCGGCCAGUACUCCAUGUACGAUGACAUCAUCGAUGUGCGAUCCUACAUCAGUCAGUCGCGCAGCGAUAUAUCUCCAUUUGGGCGAUCGGGCAGCUAUAGAUCGCAAUGUGGCCGCCAGUCGACGGGAGGGGGAAAUGGAGCUGGAGGAUCAACUGGAGCCGGAGGAGCUAGUACCUCCCAGGCAGCGCCCACCGUGGAGCAAUCUCCACUUCCGCGGCCACGUGCCUCGACCCUGGCCACUGGGAGACCGACGCCGAAUAGCCUGGAGCCGGGCACUUCGUCCACUAGUCCCUGCUGUCUGCCCGCUCCCUCGAACUCUGGUGGGGGCAUCUUCCCGCCCACGCACUCCCGCCAGUCGAGCAUCUGCCCAUCGGCCACGUCGCGCAAGGAUUCGGGCAUCAAGAGCAACUCGCGGCGAUCCUCGAUCCAGCAGCAGAUCUAUGCACUCAACCAGUCGGCGAUUAGUCAACACCGCGUCUCUGGGUAUUUCACCAGCUCCACCUCGAGCAUCUCCAAUUUGGGAGAGGUCCAGGGAUUGGGGCUACCAAUGGCCGUACAGCCACCACCGCCGGCCCUGCUGAUGCCGGCCUGCUCCUCCCAAAUGGCCGAUCCCCUGGCCGCCUGUCUGCAGCAGCUGCGCAAGCAAUCGGAUCUCCAGCUGAUACGCUGCGUCCGGGACAAUGCCAGGUCGCAGAGGAGCUAUCUGGUGAAGCCACCACUCCGAAAAUUCAGUUUGUACUUCAAGUCGCGCCAGUUGGAGCGGGAUUUCCGAUCGAAGGCCCAUCGAUUUGGGGCCGAGAACGAGACGGAGGGACCGCCGACCUUGGCCACACCGCGCUACAACACCUAUAUUGACAUUUUUGUGGGCAUUGCCGUGUACCUGUGCAUCUCGGUGUCCCUGUUCCUGAUGACCCAGAACACGGUGACCCCGAGCUUCCGGCUGUGGGUGACCCUGUUCUCCUGCUUUACGGCUAUCCAGGUGUUUGCCCUGUUCCUGUUCACCCGGCAGAUGUGUCGUCGGCAGAGCGGAGGAAAUGUGGGCAAUCGUUUUCGAUCCAAGUCCACGACCAGCGAGGAUUUGGAGCGGGAGGAGCGGGGCGGAAGAGGAGGAGGAACCCGAGGACGACCACACUUUGAGUCCUGCGCCGAUCGCAUUUUCGAGGCCAUCUCCAGCUGGUAUCCCUGGCACAUCUGCCUGGCCGUCCUGAUGGCCAUGCCCGUGCUCCUGAUCAUCGCCAACUUCCUGCUCCUGGACCUGGAACAACUGGAGGCCUUCGAGUAUCACUAUGGCUUCCUGAUCUUUGUGUGCAUCGUGCACUUUUGCAAUUUCACCCAACUCAAUUGCUGGGUCCGGAAUGUCCUGGCCUUUUUGGCAGCCCUAUGUUUUAUAGGCAUCGCAGUGUCCCAACUGAUGGUGUACAGUCACAAUCGAAGCGAUCAGCAGGAUCAGGAGGCGGCCUCGAACUUUAUACAGGAGAUCAAGUGGUUCCAGGACUAUCAUGUGGAGAUCUACCUGGAUCUGCUGCUCAUCCUGGUGCUGGUAUGGUUCCUCAAUCGGGAGUUCGAGAUCGGCUAUCGGCUGACCUUCUACGGCAAUGCGGUGGCCAACCAGGACAAGGUGAGGGUUCAGAACAUGAAGAACCAGGCGGACAUGCUGCUCCACAACAUCAUACCCAAACAUGUGGCCGAGCAUCUGAAGAACACGGCCAAGUACUCGGAGAACCAUCACAACAUAGCCAUCAUCUUUGCCUCCAUUGUCAAUUUCAAUGAGAUGUACGACGAGAGUUAUCUGGGUGGCAAGGAGUUCUUGAGAGUGCUCAACGAACUAAUUGGUGACUUUGAUGAGCUGCUUUCGAGACCGGAAUUUCGGGCGGUGGAGAAGAUCAAGACGAUUGGCUCGACCUUUAUGGCGGCCAGUGGAUUGGAUCCCUCGCACCGGGGCACUGGGGAUGAGCACAUACACACCCUGAUGGAGUUCUCGAUUGCCAUGCAGGAGGUGGUGGAUGCGUUCAACAAGGAUCUGCUGGAAUUUAACCUAAUCCUGAGAAUUGGCAUGAAUAUUGGUGAUGUUACGGCGGGCGUUAUUGGCACCAGCAAACUGUACUACGACAUCUGGGGCGAUGCAGUGAACGUGGCCUCCAGAAUGGACUCCACCGGUCUACCGAAUCGCAUACAGGUGGGCAAGGAAUGCCUGCCCUUCCUCACCAAACGCUAUGAGUUCGAGCCCAGGGGCAGUGUCUAUGUGAAGGGCAAGGAUCACAUGGAGGUGUUCCUGUUCACGGGACGUAGGGAGAAGCCACUAGACGGGAAGGCAGAUGAUGAGCUGGAACGCUUGGCAACCAAGAGGCAAGGGUACGAGGAGCAGGACGAGGAGGAUGGGGUCCAGGAGGAGGAGAACGUUGAGGAGGAGGAGGAGGAGGAUGAGGAGGAGGAUGACUUGCAUUCCAGUGAGACAACCACGCUCUUCAAGUCGCAGGAAUCCCUCCAAGCGAAUGGUGGCGGCCACUUGAUACCCACUACCGCCAUUACCCACACCAUCAGCAACAACAACAACAAUAGCAACACCAACAACAACGUCAACAACAUUAACACCAGCCCAACAACAACAACAACAACGACAACAACAACAUCAACAGCUGCGAACAACAACUCAAUGCCAAUGGAAACUUAGGCAAACAAUUUGGGACUUUUUGGAGGAGCAUAAGGCACUUGAGAAAUGGUUUCAAAAUUGCAUUUAAUGACUCUAACGAUGGAGCAAGUAUUCCAUCAUCCAGACAUCCGUACAAAUGGCUUAGCUGAAGGAGUUGUGGCCAGAGAACCGGAAAACCAAAAUAAA